AUGAGAAAAAUAUGGACUCCCAUAAGAAGAACAGAAGAACAAAAAAUAAUAAAGAAUAAUUAUGACGAGGAAAAGAAAGAAGAGUUUGAAAAAUCUUUGCCAAAAGAUUUUAUAGAGAAUAAUAGGAAUAAGAGGAUUCCAUAUUUCGAAAUAAAAGAAUCAACACAAUUGAGAAACAAGUGCAGAGCCGAAAUUGAUGAAUUUGUAGAAUGUUCAGUAGGAAGGAUGUGGACAAUUUUAAAGUGCAAAGAUUUAAUGAUUUCAAUGAGAAAAUGCUUAAAAAAAUAUGAAAAUCUUGAAUAUGUCAAAUUUAGAGAGAAACAAAUAAUCGAGGAAAGGAAAAAAAAUGGAACAAGUUUAUAUAGAUCAGAUGAAAGAGCAAGAUACAACCGUUUCGUAUAUACAGAUAAUGAAAAAGGAUGGAUUCCAGAAAAAAAAUAUUGA